UCCGCCAGCGACUUUUGUCCCAUCUGCUGGGUGGAGCCGGUCGCUGCCGCCCCAGCCAUCCGGCUGUCAUCCUGUGGCCACGUGGUGCAUGCAGCAUGCCCAAGAGAGAAGAUCCGCCAAUCAUAUCCCGGCCCCGAGAUUUCUUGUGGAUUUCUAUCCUGCCCCCUCUGCUUAAGUACCACUAUGGACCAUCCGGCACUACAGACAGAGCUUGCCGCCCCGCUGGCUCUGAAACGACAAGUGGAGGGGUUGGCAGAGGAGAGGGUGGAGGCUGGAGAUGGGGAGGAGGAGGAAGGGGGGCAUGGGGAUGGGGGGAAGGAGGAAGGGGGGCAUGGGGAUGGGGGGAAGGAGGAAGGGGGGCAUGGGGAUGGGGGGAAGGAGGAAGGGGGGCAUGGGGAUGGGGGGAAGGAGGAAGGGGGGCAUGGGGAUGGGGGGAAGGAGGAAGGGGGGCAUGGGGAUGGGGGGAAGGAGGAAGGGGGGCAUGGGGAUGGGGGGAAGGAGGAAGGGGGGCAUGGGGAUGGGGGGAAGGAGGAAGGGGGCAUGGGGAUGGGGGGAAGGAGGAAGGGGGGCAUGGGGAUGGGGGGAAGGAGGAAGGGGGGCAUGGGGAUGGGGGGAAGGAGGAAGGGGGGCAUGGGGAUGGGGGGAAGGAGGAAGGGGGGCAUGGGGAUGGGGGGAAGGAGGAAGGGGGGCAUGGGGAUGGGGGGAAGGAGGAAGGGGGGCAUGGGGAUGGGGGGAAGGAGGAAGGGGGGCAUGGGGAUGGGGGGAAGGAGGAAGGGGGGCAUGGGGAUGGGGGGAAGGAGGAAGGGGGGCAUGGGGAUGGGGGGAAGGAGGAAGGGGGGCAUGGGGAUGGGGGGAAGGAGGAAGGGGGCAUGGGAUGGGGGAAGGAGGAAGGGGGCAUGGGAUGGGGAAGGAGGAAGGGGGCAUGGGGAUGGGGGGAAGGAGGAAGGGGGGCAUGGGGAUGGGGGGAAGGAGGAAGGGGGGCAUGGGGAUGGGGGGAAGGAGGAAGGGGGCAUGGGGAUGGGGGGAAGGAGGAAGGGGGGCAUGGGGAUGGGGGGAAGGAGGAAGGGGGGCAUGGGGAUGGGGGGAAGGAGGAAGGGGGGCAUGGGGAUGGGGGGAAGGAGGAAGGGGGGCAUGGGGAUGGGGGGAAGGAGGAAGGGGGGCAUGGGGAUGGGGGGAAGGAGGAAGGGGGGCAUGGGGAUGGGGGGAAGGAGGAAGGGGGGCAUGGGGAUGGGGGGAAGGAGGAAGGGGGGCAUGGGGAUGGGGGGAAGGAGGAAGGGGGGCAUGGGGAUGGGGGGAAGGAGGAAGGGGGGCAUGGGGAUGGGGGGAAGGAGGAAGGGGGGCAUGGGGAUGGGGGGGAGGAGGAAGGGGGGCAUGGGGAUGGGGGGAAGGAGGAAGGGGGGCAUGGGGAUGGGGGGAAGGAGGAAGGGGGGCAUGGGGAUGGGGGGAAGGAGGAAGGGGGGCAUGGGGAUGGGGGGAAGGAGGAAGGGGGGCAUGGGGAUGGGGGGAAGGAGGAAGGGGGGCAUGGGGAUGGGGGGAAGGAGGAAGGGGGGCAUGGGGAUGGGGGGAAGGAGGAAGGGGGGCAUGGGGAUGGGGGGAAGGAGGAAGGGGGGCAUGGGGAUGGGGGGAAGGAGGAAGGGGGGCAUGGGGAUGGGGGGAAGGAGGAAGGGGGGCAUGGGGAUGGGGGGAAGGAGGAAGGGGGGCAUGGGGAUGGGGGGAAGGAGGAAGGGGGGCAUGGGGAUGGGGGGAAGGAGUAA